UCUAUCUGGGCUUAGGGUUUUAGGGGAUGCAGCGCUCGAGGCGCGUUGCGCAGCAGGGAUUCAAGGCGCUGUCUGGAUUUCGAGUCUUUAAGGAGGAUUCUUCGUCGUUGUGGCAUUGGCAGCAGCGCCGCGGAUUGAAGAUCGAUGGAUCGGAGGUGAGAGUCGGGCAGAUUUUGGAGCGCAAAGGGCGCCUUGUGCAGGUUAUAAAGAUCGCUCAUGCUCAUGGAGGCCGUGGUGGAGCUACAAUUCCGAUCGAGUACAAGGAUCUGAUCAGCGGGAUCAAGUCAACUGAGCGUUUGCGAACCUCAGAAUCGGUGGAAAGAGUGGCUGUCGAUUCGAAAACCUUUACAUAUCUGUACGACGAGGGACAAAUGGCGAUUUUGAUGGAUCCAAAAACGUUCGACCAGGUUACAGUGGACAAAGAGCUCUUUGGAACUGGAGCUUCAUAUCUUUCAGAUGGAAUGUCUGUGACGGUGCAAAUGCACGAGGGUAAACCAGUGACUGCUUCGGUACCAGUUUCUCUGACAUGCAAAGUGGUCGAAGCUGAGCCUUUUAUGAAAGGCCAGACCCAAGCUGCAGCGUACAAGCACAUCACGCUAGAAAAUGGCAAAAUAAUCAUGGCCCCUUGCUUCAUCGUUAGUGGAGACCAGAUAGUUGUCAACACAGUGGAAGACACUUACGUGACAAGAGCUUCCAAAGAAUAACAAACACGACUCUCUUCCAAGGAAGAGUAAUCUCGGGGAGUUUAAAGAGUAUCAAACAAAAGGUACUUUGCGGCGUUCAGUUUCAGUCCUAAUUGCCUUACAUCCUCCCGACAAAGCUUCCCUGGCUUUUAAGGAUUUCUAGAGGGCGAGACUUCUUCUCUGGCCGGUGUGAAGAGACCGGGGAGGGGACCAUUUCAAGCCAGAUCUAUUUCACGUGGUAUCCGACGGAAUAACUUGUGCCA